AUGAUGUUCAUCGUACUCUUGACUGUGGUUAUUGUCCCGGUUGUCAUCGCGUGGCCAUCUAUGGGGAAGAAGGCGAUCAAAUUGCCCGACAGCGACACAUUCAUUCGCCAAAAUGGUACCAAAUGGCAGAUUCAGUAUGUUGGAAACAUCAAAUUCACUGGGUCGAUCGGGGAACUGGGUCUUGGGGGCGACAAAUGUCGUUCCAGCUUUCUUGGCGGCCGACACAUCUGGAACUGUGGUGAUAUGGAAUGUGCUUCGGACCCAUUCAAAUGCGGCUUCUCCAUGGGUCCUGCCUUCUACGGAACGAAGAGUGUAUCAGUGAUCAACACAACAGCCCACGCAAAUGUUGGCGACUUCCAAUUUGCUCCACCAUGGCAUGGAGACCCGAAGCCCGUCCCACCACAAUCGCAGUAUGGAAUGGACACGUCGAAUGUGGUCCCAAUCAAUGCCACCACUGGGCUUGCUUAUGUCUGGGAAAUCACCCGUGGAGCACCAGAUGGUUCUCAUCUUGAUCAAGGCGCCGGCGUCGUUUUCGUGACACUAGGCGAGACUCAGCCUAUUGCUAAGAGGGUCGGUCCACUUCUGACAGGCUCCGAUUCAGUCGCAGUUGGUAUCUUCGCCAUUGCCCGAGUUCAACAAUACAUUUACAACUACAAUCUGCAAGGCCCCUUUGGGAACAUACUCGUCGGGCGAGUCGAAGCGAGCGAUGCUGCGUUGAGCGCAAGCAAGUACGAAUAUCUCCUGUAUCCUCCGGACAACAAGACUGCUCCCAUCUGGACGCGUGGCAUACCAGCUGCAAAGGAUGCCGCGAAUUACGGUAUGCGAACCACUGAAUCUUCGGGGCGCUUUGCCUGUAGCCAAUAUGGCAGUGUGACAUGGAGUAGAUACUUCCACAAGUAUAUGCUGAUGUGUAAUCUCUUCCUCGACUUCACGUUUUUCUACCUGGCUGAAAAUCCUUGGGGACCGUGGACUGGCGGAUACAAACUUCUGGGUGACGACUCGGGCUGGCUCGGUUAUGGAGUUUCCGCGCAUCCGCGAUGGUCAACAAAGGACAACGAGCUAUACUUCUCCCAGGGCCCGAGCGGACCGCUCAAUAUGUUCAAGUUGACAUUCCACUACUAG